CCCUUGCUGCUUUUGGCUUCCACCUCUCCUUGGUGGAGCCCUCCUGACUCCUAUCUGACGGGGUGGAGCCCUCCUGACUCCUAUCUGCCGGGGUGGAGCCCUCGUGUCUGCCGGGGUGGAGCCCUCCUGUCUGCCGGGGUGGAGCCCAGAACUCUGAUUGCACAGUCUCCUGGCCUAUCCCAAAACCUGGUCCCAGGAUUGGAGAUUUCAUCCCUCCCAGAUCUCUUUGAAAUCUCCAGGCUCCAGAUCCCAAAACAGACCUUACAAACAAAGGAGGAAAGUGAAAAGCCACUUUCCUCCAUAUCAAACACUUACCCUGGAGCCCCUCAACCUGCCUUGUUGAGAAUCCUGGGUGACCGA